GCCACGAGAGAACUGUGGUCAUCUCCUGCCUUGCCUCUCCUUCCUGAGAGCCGAACACUGGAUCUUGGCUUAGGGAGAAGGGAAGCUAUGGACAUAGAUUUCAUAUACCUGCUUUGCCUGGGGCUGUGUCUGUGCUACGGAGGUGAGGAAGAGAACGAGGAACUUCCCAGACCUUCCAUCAGCGCCUGGCCCAGCUCUGUGGUCAAGUGCAAGAGUAACGUCACUCUUCGAUGCUGGACUCAUUUCCAGAAUGUUACAGUCACUCUGGGAAAGUUACACAACUCUGGGUACCAGCAAGAGCUGAGGUCAGCAGGAAAGGAGGCUGAGUUCCACCUCACUAACCUGCAGCCUGAAGAUGCUGGUGGGUAUUUCUGUGCCUACAGGACAGCAACCUCCCACCGGUGGUCAAGACAGAGUCAGCACUUACAGCUGGUGGUCACAGAUGGAGUGGGAGGAGGUGGAGGAGAUCCCCCCAGACCAUCAAACAGCAAGCUCAUCUUCCUUGCCACCUUCAGCUGCCUCUGCAUCUCUCUGCUCUUUGUCUCCAUCUUCUUUAUCUACAGACGCACUCAGCAAGGUUCAUCACAUGAAGAGCCCCCCAAGAGUGACCCUGAAUGACCACGUGUGUAAAUACGAACAUGAAGCCAGCUGGGGUGAGUGACACCUGGAAUCCAACACACAGGAGGCAGAAGCAGAAGACUGUGAAUUUGAGGUCAACCUGAGCUGCGUAGAGAACAUAUCCCCACACACAUACACAGAGAUGCACACAGACACAGAAACACAGAUACA